AUCGAUAAAAGAUGAGAAGUAGCAACCACUUGAUAGGUUUACUAAACUUCUUGACGUUUUUGCUCUCAGUUCCAAUACUAGGAGGUGGGAUAUGGCUGAGCAGCAGAGCCAACAACACGGAUUGCCUCAAGUUCCUUCAGUGGCCAUUGAUCAUCAUCGGAGUAAGCAUCAUGGUCAUCUCCUUAGCUGGUUUUGCCGGUGCAUGUUACCGCAACACCUUCCUCAUGAGGCUCUACCUCGUUGUCAUGUUCUUCAUCAUCGCCGUUCUCGUCGGAUUCAUCAUCUUCGCCUAUGUUGUCACCGACAAGGGCUCAGGCAGGGCGAUACAGAACCGUGCUUACUUGGACUAUUACCUUCAAGACUACACGGGUUGGUUGGAGGAACGCGUUGCCAGUGAUAGCUAUUGGAGAGACAUUAGCUCUUGUAUUAGGGAUUCUAAGAUUUGUAGUAAGCUUGGAAGAACCAUUGGUGGAGUCCCUGAAACUGCUGAUAUGUUCUACCUCAGAAAUCUCACUCCUAUUCAGUCUGGUUGUUGCAAGCCCCCAACAGAGUGUGGUUAUAUCUAUCAGAAUGAGACAGUGUGGAGCCCAGGAGGAGGAGUAGUGGGAACCAACCCAGAUUGCACUAGUUGGAGCAAUGACCAACAAUUGCUUUGUUAUGCUUGUGACUCUUGCAAAGCUGGUGUGCUGGCUAGUCUCAAGAAGAGUUGGAGGAAGGUCUCUGUUAUCAACAUUGUUGUCAUGAUCAUACUUGUGAUUGUUUACAUCAUUGCUUAUACAGCAUAUAGGAACAACCGUAGGAUGGAUAACGAUGAACCCUCCGGGGAAGCAAGGAUGGAAAAGGCACAACCAAGUAGAAUUCAUUUCUAGCUGCAAUCAUUGACUUAUCUCACAUGUUAUGAUUUUUUUUUUACUCUCACCAUAUCCCUAAGUUGCUCUCAUGGUUUUGUAUCAAAGACUUAGUAACUUAAAUUUGGUUUGAUCUUCGGUUUUU